AACAGCAAAGCAAGAUGGCAGCCACCACGAGCUUGGGAGUAAAAGUCUCUCACAAUUUUCGACUGUUGGAAGAACUGGAAGAAGGCCAGAAAGGAGUAGGUGAUGGCACAGUUAGCUGGGGUCUAGAAGGUGAUGAAGACAUGACACUUAUGAGGUGGACGGGGAUGAUAACUGGGCCUCCAAGAACAAUCUCUGAAAACCAAAUAUACAGCCUUAAAAUAGAAUGCAGACCUAAAUACCCAGAAGCACCUCCCUUUGUAAGAUUUGUAACAAAAAUUAAUAUGAAUAUAGUUAAUAGUUCCAAUGGAGUGGUGGACCCAAGAGUCCGAUCAGCACUAGCAAAAUGGCGGAAUUCAUAUAGGAUCAGAGUUGUCCUGCCAGAGCUCCAGCGUCUAAUGAGGUCUAAAAACAUGAAACUCCCUCAACUGCCUGAAGGACAGUGUUACAACAGUUGAUCCAAAAGAAAAACCAUGGGCCUCUCCCCCUUCCCUCCAUUCGAUUUAAGCAGUCUUCAUUUUCCACAGCAGUUUAUUUUCUAGAUACAUCUUGUAGACCUCAAAGUCCUGGAAAGGAAGCUCCCAUUCCAAGGCAAUUUAAUCUUAGGAUACUGUAAAUGAUACUAAUUUUUUGCCCAUUUAAAAUCUCUAAGUUGUGU